GAUAUUUCUUUAGCGACCGUUGCAGAAUGUUUGUACAGUGCCAGAGGUUGUUGGCUACAUCUCUGAGCAGAUUCUCCCCUUCACUAACGGUCAGGUGCAUCAGCUCAUGCUCCCCUCUCUUAGCCAGGAACACAGGCAACAACAGAGGAGAAAAAUUACUGCCCCCAGAAGAGAGAUUAGGCUAUUUGAAGGCUGCUGAGAAAAGGGUAGCGGUAUUUGCUGGUCUGUCUUUGAUUGUGGGUUACUUUGCUCUAAAGUCUGCUUUUUCGAAAAUGUCCUCGAGGAAGGAGGAGCAGGAUAAGAAGAAAGCAGAGCUUGCUAAGGCCUCUUUGCCACGCCCUCUAGUAGUGGCGGGACCCUCCGGCUCUGGCAAGAGCACUCUACUCACUCGACUCUUCAGUGAUAACCCAGACAAGUUUGGAUUCAGUGUGUCACAUACCACAAGGAAACCUCGUCCUGGAGAGGAGAAUGGGAAACAUUAUCACUUUUCCACGAGGGAGUCCAUGCAGAAGGGCAUAGAUGCUGGAGCAUUCAUUGAGUGGGCAGAGUACUCAGGGAACAUGUACGGAACAAGCAAGAAGGCAGUGAGAGAUGUGCAGGAGCAGGGUAGAGUGUGUGUGCUGGACAUUGAAAUGCAGGGAGUGCGUAACCUCAAGAAAACAGACCUGAACCCUGUCUAUGUGCUCAUUCGUCCUCCCUCCAUUGAGGCACUGGAGGAGAGACUGAGAGCGAGACAGACCGAGACUGAGGAAAGUCUCGAGAAGAGGCUGACAAUUGCCAGGGAGGAGCUAGACUAUGCUGAGGGCCCUGGGGUGUUUGACUAUGUCGUGAUGAACGAUAAGCUGGAAACUGCUUACGAAACCUUUAUUGGAGUCAUCAAAAAGGUUGUAAACCUUGAUAAAGAUGAAGGAUCAACUCCUCAGUAGACCUUACAAACGAUGAUGUAACUAUUUUUGUCUAGUACGUAAUAUUACUUGAUAUGAAAAAGAUGAUUACUUGCAUCGCGAUGCAUGCAUGUCCAGA